GUCCUGGGUUCGAAUCUCGUGAGGCGGGAUCGUGAAUGUAAACUUCCGAGGAGUCCCACAAUAGGAUAAAACGGCCGUCUAUGAUGGUCUAACUUCAAUCGAUUCAUGAUCUCAGCUAUGAAAAUCAAAUAGUUAAUAACCUAAAAGUGAUUUGAUCAAAACUAUAUAUGAUGAAUUAUAAACACAGAUUGGUUAAUUUAUUUACACAUUCACAUAAACAAUCUUAAUAAAAAAAUGAUCAAGUCCAUAGUUUAUUGAACUUUAUUAACUACAUAAUCUACUUUAUUAAUCUUAUACUAAAUUUCAGUCUAUCUACUAUGUUAAUUGAUUAAAUUUUGCGCUGUUUAUAAAAUUAUUUUCAAUAUCCUAUACUAUUCUAGUAUGAAUAUCGGAUUUCAAAAAUAAGGAAUAUUCGGAAAAUUCUAUAAAAGUAAACCAUUUUCCUAUCAUAAUUUGUUUAAAUUGACUUUACUGGGGUUAAAAUCGUUAGUUCUAUACUCGUUGCUAUUUCAUUAAUUCAUGUUUAUUAAAACUUAAAUUAUAAAAAAGCAAAAGAUACUUACAAAUUUAAACAAUCGCAUGUUUUUCUAUUUUAAAAAGAAAUUGGAAAAUUGAAUAUAAUUUACCGCUUCUUUUUUAAAAUUAAAUAUGGUGGUCAAUUUAAAUUCUUCCAAUAAAAAUGAUUCUUUCAUUAAUCAUAUAAAAUUAAAUGAUAAAGGUGAAGUGAUUUUAGAACGUCGUCAACAAUCAAAUACUAAAAGUUUAUAUCAUUUAUUAUUUAUUGAAUUCCUUCAAAAUACAGCUGUUUAUAUAUAUGUAAUGACAUUUUUAUUUUCUGGUAUUUUUUGUUUAUUUAUAUUAUUCUUUUUAAUUUAUUUAAUCAUCAAUAAUUUAAUUAUUUUUAUACAAAAUACUUUUCAUGUAACCAUGGUAACUAAUCAUAAAUUAUCAAUAUUCAAUAUAAAUUUAGUAAAUGAAGUUCGUUGUUUAAUUAUUAUUAUUUUAUUUAUAAUAUAUACCAUUUAUUGGUUUUGUGAUUGGGAUUCAAACAAUCAUGGUUCACAUCCAAGACAAUUUAUACGUUGUCUAAAAAUAUGGGAAUUUUUAGCUGAUUAUUUUCCAAUACAUUUAGUAAUUAGUAAAGAAUUUAUUAUAUAUAAUGAAAUCUAUAAACAAAUUAAACAACAUUCCCAUCCUAUGAAUUCUAUUAUUAAUAAACAUACUGUUGAUAAUGAAGAUUAUAAAAAUGAUGAUGAAAUGAAUGAAGAAUCUUUGGUUAAAGAAAGUUUAUCUACAGAUGUCAAUUAUUUGGUUGGAUUUCAUCCUCAUGGAAUACUUGCUACAGGAGCAUUCAUUAAUUUUGCUACAGAGGCUACUGGUUUUUCAAAAGUAUUUCCUACCUUCAAACCAUAUCUAGCUAUAUUGAAAGCUCAUUUUAUAGCACCGUUUUAUCGGGAUUUCUUAAUGUUAUUUGGAAUGAUUGCUGCUACUAAGAAAGGAUUACACUACCUUUUGGAUAAGAAUAGUUGCAAACAAACAGGAAAUUUUGUUGUUGUUGUUCUUGGUGGAGCUCCUGAAGCCUUAGAUUCAAAACCUGGAACAUAUAAGAUACAUAUUAAUCAACGUUUUGGUUUUUUCAAGUUGGCUUUAAAAACUGGAUCAUAUUUGGUACCGUGUAUAUCAUUUGGUGAACAGAGCUUAUAUCAUCAAGUUCCAAAUGAAAAAGGAUCAUGGAUACGAUGGUUACAGGAUAAAUUUACGUCGAUUUUUACCGUUGCAUUGCCUAUUUUCUAUGCUCGUGGUCCCUUUCCGUAUCGUAAACCAGUCUAUACUGUAGUUGGUGCUCCAAUUCAAUGCGAACAAAUACAUGAACCUACAGAUGAACAAGUUGCACAUAUUAAACAAAUUUAUAAAGAAAAACUCCGAACACUAUUUGAAGAUUACAAGGCGAUUUACGAUCCAGAAGCUAAUGAUAUUGAAUUUGUAUAGAUGAAAAAAUUAUGUAUAAUUUUGUGGUUAACAUUAAGAAAUUCCUAAGACUAUUUUUGAUUCAUUUAUCAAACUAACGUAAUCAUAUAUUAUACAACUGAAUAAAAAAAGUUAAGAACAAUGCAUCUUUAACGAUCACGAUUAAAUUGUAUCUUUAUUGAAUACUUUCUCUUAGCUAAUUACUAUACUUACCAAUAGGUGUUUGGUGUUUGGUUUGUUUGUGGUAGAUUGUUUGCAUGCCCAUGUCCAUGCGAAGCAUGCAUAUGAGUGUUUGUGUGUGGAUGUCUGUUUGGAUUGUAGUGAUGGUGGUGUUUUUGCGUUGAUUGUAGUGUUUGUAGUUGAAGGUGUUGUGGUAUGGUGUGGUGUUGGAGUUUUUAUUUUGUGAUGCUCACAUCCAAAUAUGCAAAUGCAUCUGUAGCUACUGAGGAUGGGAUUACUGUCCACCUUCGUUUGUUGAAAUGGGAAUUUCUUAUCCUAAACUAUUGUUAUUCAUAAAUAAAUAAUAUAUUUGUAAUAUCCAG